AUGAUCCCCGGUCGAGUUUUCACUACGACCCUAGUACUUAACAUGAUCCUCGACCCAGUUUCCACUAUGAUCCCACGCCCGGAAGCCAGUAUGAUCCGCGGUCGAGUUUCCAAUACAAUCUCCGGCCCAGUUUCCAGUAUGAACAACAGCCAAGUACAUUUCAUGAUGCCACAUCCUCAGCUACUUGGGCCAAUGGUUCAUAAUCAAGUCCCCACCAAGACUUCUCACCUUUGCAUCGACCACAACAAUAAUGGCAACAACAAUGGCAGUCCACUCCCCACCAAGACUACUCACCUUCGCAUCGACCACAACAAUAAUGGCAACAACAAUGGCAGUCCACUCCCCACCGUAUGA